CACUUACCAAGUUGGCGCAACGACACACUAACGAUGGCUGAACAAACUAUGUGUGACGCGGCCAGUUUCGGCGUCUCCGACGUCCGAACCUUGAUACUUCUGCUAGACUCACCCGAGCAGCUGGUAUGCGUAGGUGCACUGGAUGCUUUGGCAAAGUAUGCAGAAGCCGCUUCGAAACAUCGGAUACAGCUUUUGUCUUUAAAUAUACUGAACCCCCUCAUCGAUCUUUGCAAAUCGACCGACCCACUUGUCAAAAAAUCUGCUGUGGCAUGCUUGGCUGCUUCCACCGAGUUGACAACUGACUUUCACCCGGAACUAAGAAGAAGAGAUGUAAUGAUACUGCUAAUCUCGCUGCUGGGACCCGAUCAGCCUCCAGAAGUUCAGGACGAGGCUGCCUUUGCGCUGGCCAACCUUGCCCGGGACUUUGCAAAUAAGGCUGACAUCAGGAGCGCUGGCGGCAUAAAAGCACUUGUGGCUCUCCUUGAUUCUCCAGAUCCAGAUGUGAAGAAGAACGUGGGACAUGCCCUUUCAUCAAUGCUUGAAGACUUUGCUAGUCGGAUGGAGGUGCGGUACGUCAACGGACUAGCUCCAUUGCUCGAACUACUUGCCUCCGAAUAUCAAGACGUGCAGGAAAACGCUUUGACAAGUCUUAUCCGCUGUGCGGAAGAUUACGGCAAUCGUAUAGAGAUUCGCAAACUCAACGGCAUAAGGCGUCUAGUUGAUUUUCUCAACCAGAACUUACCCGAACUUCAUCAUUUGACUUUACUCUGCUUGGCUAAUUGCUUCGAGGAUUCGGAAACCAGCAGUAUCUUUCCUGAACUGGGCGGAUUGGCGUCGUUGGUGAAAAUGGCGGGGGCAGAUGAUGUCCGAAUCAAACGCAACGCUGCGCUUGCGCUAGCACGAGCGGCGAAGCUUGAUCGAAAUCAAAACUACAUCCGUGAAGCAGGUGCCCUCCCCGUUCUUCUUGCAAAUCUGGCACAUUCGGAUCCAGGGGCAAUCAGUCAUGCUGCAAUGGCGCUGGCUUAUCUGGGAAAGAAUGAAAUUAAUCAGAUUGAAUUGAGCAAGAUGGGAGCGGCAGAGGUGUUCAUUCGACUCUUGGCGCAUGACGAUUUGGACGUCUGCAGACAGAGCGUAGGUGCCCUCUCAAGUCUUUGUCUAAAUGCUAAAGCUCGGCCAAAAGUGCGGCAAAAUGAUGGUGUGCAGGCCGUUCUCAAGCUUCUCAGUCUUGAGGAUAUCCAAACAUUACUGAACGCAUGCGAGUGUUUAGCGAAUCUGGCCGAAGACUCUGCCAUUCGGACAGAUAUUGUCAAGCUGUACAGCGGCGUGCAUUCAUUGGUGAUGACAUUACAAAAGACAGAUCUCAAAAUAAAAAGCACAGCUGCUUUGGCUCUUGCUCGUUGCAUGCAAGACGCCGACGGCAGGAUGGCGUUGACGAAGGAACCGCAAGAUCGCGGCCUGAACCAUAUCAUAGAGUUGAUAGCGUCAAAAGAUAUCAACGUCUGCCGAAAUGCCGCAUACGCAUUGUCGAACGCGGCACAGCAUGAUGGCAUUGCAAUGGCUGCUUGCCGCGCUGGUGCGCUAGAAGCCUUGAUUGACCUGUCAAAAGAUCCCGCCAGACAUGCUCCGAAAUUUGCUGCGGAUGCUUUGGAAAAGCUCCUGAACUACAAUCUCUCUGCUAAAUAUUGGUUACGGGAUCAUCUCUCUGCUACAAACAUCAUCCCCGACGUAUUUUACGAUUUUGGCUCAGCCGGAUCCAAUCUUGACUCUCUUCAUCCUUUCCCGUCUCUGCAAGAGCUGAAAUCUCAGCCAGUCGACAAGCGUCGCGAAGUCCUCCUUAUUGACCCAGUUCAAGAUCCUCACCUAAAUGCAUUAGUCCAGCUGGCGUCAGAAGGAUCACUCGCAUUACGCACCCCGCGGCAGCAAAUUCGUCAAAUUGCCUCCAUUGUAGUGCAGGUCCUAGGAGGCACCGUAGAUCGAGCUCGACUACAGGACGUUGCCUACAAAUUCAAAAUCACGGAGCUCAAAGUCAAGCUGGGGACGAACGUGAUUCCGCUGGGACAGGUCGCACACGGAACCUUCUACCAUAGGGCACUACUGUUUAAAUUCUUGUGUGAUAAAGUGGGACUGGCACCGUGCACACUUGUGAGAGGGGAAUACGGGCGAGCUUGGAAUGUGGUGGAUGUCAUGCGACAAACAUUAACACCGCCAAAAAUACCUGCGCCAAUCGUUCCCUCUGCUCCUACAACACCCGCUAAGCCGGAAAAGAUGGCUGGGUCCGCGCGGGUUCGCCACUCAGUUUCUGCUAACAGAGGUGACCGUGAUGGAGGAGUUACAGGUGGAUUGGUGGGUUCGGCGGCUGGUAAUGCAACAGUUGCUACAACUGUGCCUGUACCCCCAGCGACAUUGGUCCCGAUCACGUUGCCUGACCCAGCAGACGAUGUAGUCCCCAUGCCCGAAGAAAAGGCUAUUGUUGAUCUCAUGUUUGAUCCUGGGCGACUAUUGAUUGUUGGGUCUCCUGAGGCGGAUAUGUACCAGCGGUUUUCGUAAUGUGGGAUUCGUCUAAUAGAUGUCUCGUCUCAAGUCCUGA